CAGGACGAAGCUUCUCACAGGCCUGAUUUUCUGCUCCUUGGUCCUGGGAGUCAGUAUCCAGGGCAGAUUUUCAUUCCUUGGUGAGGCUACUCGAGGAGCUGAGGACAUGUGGAGAGCCUACUCUGACAUGAGAGAAGCCAAUUACAUAAAUUCAGACAAAUACUUCCAUGCUGGGGGGAACUAUGAUGCUGCCCAGAGGGGACCUGGGGGUGCCUGCGCUGCUGAAGUGAUGAGCGAUGCCAGAGAGAACAUUCAGAGACUCAUGAGCCACAGAGCAGAGGAUUCACUGGCUGACCAGGCUGCCAACGAGUGGGGCCGGAGUGGCAAAGACCCCAAUCAUCUCAGACCUGCCGGCCUGCCUGAUAAGUACUGA